GACGUACAGUUGCUGUCCUGUCCUAGUGGCGCGCGGUCUUCUGCUCUGUUGUACUGAGCGGCUGUGAGCCUGUUCGCUGUUUGAGGUGAAGCUGUGCUGUGAAGGUAUCCAGAUAAUACACUCUUCAGUAUUUUGUUGCAGUCUUGAUCCUUGUGUUGACAUUCACCUAAAGCCAGCAGGCAGUGAGCUCCUUUGUCCUCCACCCCUGCGCUAUGAGCAGAGGUAGAGGUGGGCACUCCAAAGAGUACCAGCAAUUCUCCCUCCCAUCCGACCAGAGCAAAUCCAGUCAAGGAUUCUUCUCACAAAAUUUCCCAGCUCACCCCAGAACCCCUCAGGCCCCAAAUCCCAACGCUAGCUUGGGCAGGUUCCAGCAUCCCCCUCCUUAUUCAUCCACUGGCCCUCCUGGAGCUUCUCCCAGUGGUCCUAUUCUGCCUCCAAAUCCUUUUUCAUCUCCGUUGCCUAGACCUUCCCGAGUGCAAGUUCAGAGGUCCCAGUCAAAUAGAGGAGCUUGUGGUGACGAAGCAGCAGACUUUCGCCAGCAGCAAAUUCUGUUCCUUAGAGGGCAGAGUGCUGAGGCACCUGCGUUUGUGCCACUCCAGUCCGAACGCCUCAGCAGUUCUCCCCAGCUUCCGCCAAGAUAUUAUAGUUCCUCAGAGCCUAGCAGCUACGCAAGAAGAGGUGGUUAUAAUCGAGGCAGGCCAGGUUGGGAGAAAGGGAUUAAUACCAGGUACCAUCCUGGACCUAAGGCUGGCUGGGAGCAACAGCACUUAAGAAGCCAGAACAAUCAGUAUCCGUGUGACGGCCGGGUGGACAGUGACGCCGCUUCACUGUCCUCAGCCUUUCGUGCUCUGUCACUAGAGAACUCGUCCUCUGGUAGUUCUAGGAGUACGGCUUCCCGUUCAGUUCCCUCAGGUAGAUAUUUCUUGCAGCUGACCCCUGAAAUCCAAAAGCAGGUCCUCAGUUCUUUGGCCUCAUUGCAGCCAGGUGAAACCAUCCAGGCCAGGGUCUUGGCAAAAAGGUUUCGAUUGCCUAAGAAGAUUAUUAACCAGGCACUGUACGCUUUAUCCAACUUAAACCAAGCAGAGAAGGUAGAAGGGACUCCACCUCUCUGGCGACUGUGUAGAAAAGGUGACGCUGAAUCCUCCCACGGGAGAACCCAGUUUAGAUCAAAAACUGAUAAGUUUGCUCACCCUACAUUUAUAAAACAAAACCAGGGUAAUAGUGAGGAGGUAAAACCAUCCAGCAACGUGACCAGUGCAACAUCAACCACUACAGAGGCCAAUAGUGAUUCCAGUGAGGAAUCUGAAGACUCUGAAAAAGAAAGUUCCUCUGAAGUUCUGAACUCUGACCAGACUGUAGCUAGAUUUUCAUCCACGGAAAAGGAAUCGGGUCUUUCCACAACUAUGGAAGCAAAGGACACCAAGGAGCAGAUCCUGCAGUUCCUUCAUGAGUCUGGCCAAGCCAAUGCAUUGAUGAUUGCCAAAAAUCUGGGCUUGCGAAAUGCCAAGCAGGUUAAUUCUACACUAUAUGCCAUGGAAAAGCACGGCGAUCUUAGGAAGUUGACCUCAGGAAGUAUGUCACCUGCUUGGGAGCUGUCUACUCACCAGCGUGAGAAGAUGGACCGACAACGGAAAGCAGCUGUCGCUGUCGAGUCAGAGCUUUGUGGAACACCAGGCCCAGUGAAUGCUGCACAGACAACCUCACAGAUGUUGUGUGGAUCUGGGUUGUUGGAAGAAGUGAACUGGGAGGACCUCCCAACAAGUCAGACAUGUGACAAAGACAGCACAUUUGGGAAUGGAAUGCUUGAAAAGCAGUCACAUUCUGAUAUGGAUUCUACAGUUGAAAAAAUUCCCUCAGAUGACAACGACCUCAUGUCUGUCCAGUACUCCUCCCAUGAUGCUUCAUGUUUCCAGGCUGAUGACAAGAAUGGGGGGCACUCCGAGUGGGCGUCAGACGAUAUCCCAGAAUUCCUGAACACAAUCCGAUCAGAGGUGGCCGUGUCCCUGGCAGCACCUCUUCCUCCCGCCCAGGAUAUGGAGACCAGCAAACUGCAGAAGCUAAGACUAGCACUCAGCAAGAACCCUGUCAGUGGCCUGAUGGAGUAUGCACAGUACCUUGGCUACAACUGCGAGUUCCUCCUACUUGAACAGUCAGGACCCUCACAUAAUCCCAGGUUUCGUAUGCAAGUGAUGCUCGAUGGACGUCGGUUCCCACCAGCUGAAGCCUCAAACAAGAAAGUUGCAAAGAAGGUUGCAGCGGCAGAGACCCUUCGGGCUCUCUACAAAGAGCUGGAGGGAGCUACGAGUGGGGAGGAUGACUCCGAGCAGCCUGCAGUACCAUUAGCAGAGCUGAAUGAUUAUGCUGAGGAUUCAUUUGAGAAUUUGGAGGAGACCCCAAAGGCCUUGGCUCGCUCCCUUCCAGGUGGCAAGAACCCUGUUUCUGUUCUAAUGGAGCACAGCCAACGUAGUGGCCACGCCAUUGAGUUCAUCAGUACUGGGCAGGAGGGUCCGGCGCAUGACCCACGCUUCAUGUUCCAAGUAAAGGUUGGGGACAGUCUUUACCCAGAGGCAUCAGCACCCAGUAAGAAGACAGCACGGCAACUGGCAGCGGAGGAAGCUGUGAAGGCUCUUAUAGCAGAAGGUCACCUGCAGCUCAACAAGCCGCAGCACAUGUUUUGUCCACUUGGCGAGGGUGAUUUGCCCCCAGCAAUGCCCCCAUGCCCGUCACUGCCCCCACUGACAGCAGCUGAGCUCCAGGCAGCACAUGAGGCUGGGGUAGGUGACCUGAUCAACCACCUAAAUAACAAUGCUGUGUCGGGCCUGCUGGAGUAUGCACGCUCGCGAGGCUUUGCUGCUGAGAUCCGUCUAGUGGGCCAGUCAGGACCCGCACAUGAGCCACGCUUUACCUAUCAGGCUAAGCUGGGAGGUCGCUGGUUUCCUGCCGUGUGUGCCAGCAAUAAAAAGCAGGGCAAGCAGGAAGCAGCCGAUGCAGCUCUCCGAGUGUUGAUAGGAGAGGCAGAAAAGGCGGCACGUACCGGGGAGCUCACGGCAGAGUUGCCAGUGUCGGGUAGCACAGUGCACGACCAGUUUGCCAUGCUGAGUCACCAGCGUUUCAAUGCACUCACUGCUCGCAUUCAGCACAGCCUUUUGGGUAGGAAAAUCCUUGCCACGAUCAUCAUGAAGAGAGGUGCUGACAGCCUCGGCACAGUCGUCAGCCUUGGGACAGGAAAUCGCUGUGUUAAAGGAGAGGAACUGAGUCUUAAAGGUGAUACCGUUAACGACUGCCAUGCUGAAAUCAUUUCCAGAAGAGGCUUCAUCCGCUUUUUGUACAAUGAGUUGAUGAAGCACUGGGAAAGUCCUGGAGAGGACAACAUAUUUCAGGUUGCGGAGGAUGGUUUGCUCAAGAUCAAAGAUGAUAUCACAUUCCAUCUGUACAUCAGCACUGCUCCAUGUGGGGAUGGUGCACUUUUCGAUAAAUCGUGCAGUGAGUUAGCGGAGGUCACCGGAUCGGAUCACAUGCCCCUGUUUGAGAAUGUUAAACAGGGCAAGCUCAGGACCAAAGUGGAAAACGGUGAGGGUACCAUCCCAGUGGAGUCAAGUGCCAUUGUGCCCACUUGGGAUGGCAUCCAACAUGGCGAGCGCCUCAGAACCAUGAGCUGCAGCGACAAGAUCCUGCGCUGGAAUGUGCUGGGCCUGCAGGGGGCUCUGCUCAGCCACUUCAUACACCCUGUGUACCUUCAGUCCAUCACCUUGGGGUACCUGUACAACCAUGGUCAUUUGACUCGAGCUGUGUGUUGCCGGUUGGCUAGAGAUGGCAGCCAGUUAACUAACAGUUUGCCUCCUCACUUUACACUUCGCCACCCUGAGGUUGGCAGAGUGAGUGUGUAUGACUCAACACGUCACACGGGAAAGACCAAGGAGUCCAGUGUGAACUGGAGCCUGCCAGACAAGCUCAAAGUGGAGGUACUUGAUGGCACCAAGGGCAAAGUGGAUGGUCCAAAGCUAGAGGUGUCCCGCGUCUCCAAGUCCAACCUGUUCCGUCUUUUCCGGGAAGUGUGCAGGCAGGCCGGCCGGAGCGACCUGUUGGCGCUGACCUCUUACGCCCAUACCAAGAUGGCCGCCACUUCUUACCAGGUGGCCAAGGAGCAGUUCUUUAAGGCUCUGGGCCAGCUGGGUUACGGAACCUGGAUUGGCAGACCACAGGAGGAGAAGAGCUUUGAAGCGGGGGAAACUGAAGCUCAGAGCUUCCUUACAGCUCCGUAAGGACAAAAGGAGGGUGGGAGGAGGGAAGGAGAGUGGAGGAUAAGCGUAUGCAGCUAUUAGAAUCUUGCAUUUGGUUGGAGAAAGAGGACAAAGGAGAGAGACAACUUGGGACAGAGAGAGAGAAAGAGAAAGGGCUGAAGAUCUGGUUUGGAUCAUUCCACCUCAGCCUGGAAUGGAAAGAGAGAGAAACCUGAGCCAUAAAAAAAGCCAGCUCAUGUUUAAGAAUGAUUGAUUGAUGUAUGUGGAAUCCCCUUGAAACUGUUCUGCACCAAGAACCAACUGAAGCACUGAUGUUCAUAUUCUCUCUCUCUCUCUCUCUCUCUCUCUCUCUCUCUCUCUCUCAUGGGGGGGUGUAUAUGAGGAGAUUAAAUGAGAGGCUGUUAUUUCUUUAACAUCAAUCUUGCCUGCUAAUAACAGCUGCAUUAAUUGUACACCAUUAUAGAUAUUAUAUUACAAACUAACACAAAAGGAUGCGGUUAGUGCCACGUCUCCCUUCACAGCAAUUAAUGGGCUUUUGCACAGCUCUGUCAUGUGCGCUCUCUCUCUCUCUCUCUCUCUCUCUCACAUACUCUCGCUCUCACCUACAGAGUACUUGUUUCUGGUUGAGGUUGAAACUUUGGAACAAGGAGCUUCAUUAUUUUCCCUUUUAAUAACCAUAUACAUCAGUCUUCUGCACAUUUCAUUCACAUUCCCUCAAUUAUUGACCGACUUAUUAAAUUUUAAAUGACAUAACUACAGUGGGUCUAGAUGGCCAGUUGGUUCACUCUACACCCCACACCCUCGCCCACCAUCCCAUAAUGCUAUAUAAUAUUUUUUCUUUUCACAUGGUCUCUUUAGCUCUGCCUGUGGGGUGAGCACUGCUAAACUAAUUUGAAUAGCUUCUACACAUAGAUUUGACCAAAUGUAUACAUAAUGUACAUACAGAUACAUACACUCACAAAUGUAUAUAAGGUCUCUUCACAGUGUGUGUGAGUUUAUAUACAUGUGUGUGUUUAUGUAUAUGUAUAUAUUGUAUGUAUAUAUUUUAUAGAGUUUCAUAAAUUUGUGUUGCAGUUGACCAAUGUUGAUGGAUGUGGUGCAGAAACUUUUGGGAUAGUUCAAUAGCGUCAUCCCUCCAUACACAGACAUUUGUCAUGUCCCACGUUCUGUUUUGUCAGAGAUGCAGUUCAAAUGUACCUUCACAGCUUCUGUGAGCGAGCGUGUGUGUGUGUUCAAUGUGUAUUAUGUCUGUUUCCCUUUUUUUAUUCAGUCUCAGUAAGAAGAGACGCCUGUGCUCUUGCUGUGACUUUCUUGAGUGGAAAUAAUUUUAACUUCUUAAAUAUUCAAACCAGAAAAACACUUUUAGUUUUGACUCUUGGUUUUUAAGUUGACUAGCAUCUGAUAAAUCUUGUCCUUUCUUUCAAAAUAAAUUCAGUUCUGUCAGUACUUGGGAGUUUGGUUUUCUCUGUGUAAAAAUGUUGACUGGAUUUUAAUGCCUCAUUCUUUAGCAUUACAGACAGUUCCAUGCCCUACAUUCCUGUGUCGUCUUUGUGCCAAUGGUGUGAAUUUAUUUAUUUAUUCCCCCCCCAGCACAUUUCAAUUAUUAGAUAUCAUCUGUCGUUUAGAGCAGCUGCUUAUGGCUAACAGCUGAAUUGGGUGUGGAGGCAAAAAAGUCUUGGCAGUCAAUAUAAUGAUUCAAAUUACAGCACACAUUCACACAAUUUAAUUGUCUGCUGAAAAAGUGUCUACAAUAAAUCAUCCAAACAUGUUUAAAACUUUA